GAACUGCUAAACUGCUGCUCUGCUGCUCUGCUCUGCUCCUGCUCUGCUCCUGCUCUGAUGCCCGUCCACCCUGGCAGAUUGCUAAACCAUCUCAUCUCACACCUCUCCACCUCCUUCUAGCCCAGCUCCCUUUCCCCCUCCCCACCAACAGUCUUCCCCCAUCCCACUCAACUCUUCAACUGCAAAUCCCCUUUCAUCCUUAUUGCUAUCGCCUAGUUAUUCCAGCGACAGCCUUUUUUGUCGCUUUUCUCCUCCUCUUCCUCCCCCCUCCUGUUGCCCCAAAUUAGGUCUCGUUUCGUCCCGGGCGUCUUGCUUCCCCCCCCUCUCGUCCACCCCCAAAGAAAAGAAUCCCGCCUUACCUCACCUCACGAGACCUUUCCUCCUUCACACCCCCACGUCCUUUGCCGCCUGCUCUCGCCCGAAUCUCGUUCCCUACCACCUGCAACUCCCCUCGGUGGUCUUCCCAAUGGAUAACAAUAUGGAAAUCGAUACCGCGCGGUCGCCCGAACCUCACCACCUUUCCCCGACGACCGACCCGGGUUCCAUACCCACCCUCGACGGUUGGAUCGAGAGCUUGAUGACCUGCAAGCAACUGGCAGAGGAAGAUGUUCGAAGGUUGUGUGAUCGGGCGCGAGAGGUACUGCAAGACGAGUCCAACGUUCAGCCCGUGAAAUGCCCAGUGACUGUGUGCGGUGAUAUCCACGGCCAGUUCCACGAUCUGAUGGAGCUUUUCCGCAUCGGUGGUCCCAACCCCGACACGAACUACCUCUUCAUGGGUGACUACGUCGACCGUGGUUACUACUCCGUCGAGACCGUCACACUCCUUGUUUGCUUGAAGAUCCGCUACCCGCAGCGUAUCACCAUCCUGCGCGGAAACCACGAGUCCCGCCAGAUCACACAAGUCUAUGGGUUCUACGACGAGUGCCUGCGCAAAUACGGCAACGCCAACGUGUGGAAAUACUUCACCGACCUUUUCGACUAUCUCCCCCUCACCGCACUCAUCGAGAACCAGAUUUUCUGCCUGCACGGCGGUCUGAGUCCGUCGAUCGACACGCUCGACAACAUCCGCUCCCUGGACCGCAUCCAGGAGGUGCCGCACGAAGGCCCCAUGUGCGAUCUGCUGUGGAGUGACCCCGACGACCGAUGCGGCUGGGGAAUCUCUCCCCGUGGUGCGGGUUACACAUUCGGACAGGACAUCUCGGAGGCGUUCAAUCACAACAACGGCUUGACUCUGGUUGCACGGGCGCACCAGCUGGUAAUGGAGGGUUACAACUGGUCGCAGGAUAGAAAUGUGGUCACGAUUUUCUCAGCUCCUAAUUACUGCUACCGUUGCGGCAACCAGGCCGCAAUCAUGGAGAUUGACGAGCACCUCAAGUACACGUUCUUACAAUUCGAUCCCUGCCCGCGCGCAGGAGAGCCCAUGGUCUCGAGGCGCACCCCGGAUUACUUCCUGUAAUCAGUUUCUUCGUUGUGAUAGACAUUUUCCUUUCCACCUCCCCGCCGGCAAAGUUGAGGUUUUUCUUUCGUCGACUUCCUUCGAGAGGAUUCCGGGGGAGGAUAUUUCGAAACCCAAGGGAUACAACAGCAGGGGCCCGCGGUCCGUCUACGCCGUUUAAAGUAAUUGUAUGUCCGUAUUUUCUGGCCCGUGUUGAUACCAAAUUCAUGAAAAUAAAAGACCGUGUUGAAGUCGGUUUCUGCUGCUGUUGGUGUUGGUGUU